AGGCAAAGGGCUGGAAGAAGGAAAGGGGACGUAGCCACAUAGCCCAUCGUUCCCUGCCUGUACAGAGAGAGGAGUGAAGAAUGAGGCGUCUGUGCUUCCCAGCAUCUCUGGUGCUAUGUUUGAUGUGGCUGCUUCUGGGGAACAUUCAGGUAUGAAGGGGAAGCUUCCAACGUCAAGUGCCAACAAAAGUCCUGAAAUGUAACUCUUCCAAAAUCCAUAAUGAAGCAACACUUUUAUCAGGCCAACUGAAACUAUGCAGGUCUUUGCUUUCCCCCUCAAAAUGAGGAGAGACCUCUUCUCUGUCAAGGAGGUGCUUCUCAACAUGGCCUUGACGUCUUUCGAUGACCAAUACAAGGGUUGCGUGGAGUUGAUGGAAGCAGAAGUGGCGGAGCUGAACCGCACAGAGUUUGCCACCAACAGAAUCUACGCCGAUGCCUGGGCAGAGGCGGCCUCCAUGUGGAAGGAGAAAAAGGCCUCUUUCUCAGAGUUCUCCGCCCUGAAACCAGAGUACGCCAUCGCCCUCAUGGCCUACACCAUCCAAGGCCGCUUCCACAAGGACUUCAACGCAGCUGUGAGGGAAGCUGGGCGCAACAGAGACGACUACCUCAACCACUUCCAUUUCAAGGCCUUCCACUUUCUCUUGACGCGAGCCCUUCACCUCCUGAGCAUCACCGCUGAGCCUCGAUGCCACAAGGUCUAUCGGGGCGUCAGGAACAUCCGCUUCACUUCCGAGCGCGCCAAGCUGGUCCGCUUUGGACAAUUCACCUCAUCCUCACGGAGCAACGAGAGCGCUCUGCGCUUUGGCAAAGACAGCUUCUUCACCAUUGAGACCUGCUACGGGGUCAACAUCAAGAAUUAUUCCUUCUUCCCGGGCGAGGAAGAGGUCCUCAUCCCUCCCUUUGAGAAGUUCAAGGUGGUCAACUUCACCAAGGGCCAAGAGACCAACUUCAUCCAUCUUCUCUCGCUUGAAGACGACAGCAUCUACAACUGUGUGUUUGUGAAAGAAAAAAAGUGCAAGAUGCAGAAAUGCCUCUUCAAGUCAGGUGGAGGCUGGAGCCCUUUCUCCCCUGAAGACCGAGCCCCACUCCUCCUCCUCUGGGGUCCUCUCCUUGCUGUGGGGCUCCUUGGACCUCCGGGACUCCUGUGAUUUAACAGCUGGGGAGGGUCUCCCCUCCCUUUUCUGAGGGUGCCACAACAGCAGCAGCAGAAGAGGCCAGUUGGCAGGGCCUCCGUGGGCCAAGAGGUGGCGCUUCCUUGCUCGAUUUUACUAAAUGAGGGAUGUCCAACUUCGGCAACUUUUGGAGACUUGUGGACUUCAACUUCCAGAAUUCCCCAGCCAGUCAUGAAUGAUAGAGUUGGAAGGGACCAGAAAGAUCACCAAGUCCAGUGGUUCUCAACCUGGGCAUGCUGGUUGGGGAAUUCUGGGAGUGGAAGUCCACAGGUCUUAAAGUUGCUGAGGCUGGACAUCGCUGCUUUCAAGCUUCAGUUGUGCAAAUUAGGAAAGGGAGAACUCUCUGCCUUCAGAAGAGGCAAUCAUGAAACGUCAGAAUUGUUCCUAGAAGAAACUUCAGAUGAUCAUCUCCAAAAUGACUCUGUCUAUCACAGUGGCCAGGUCUGGAAGGAAUUUAGCAUGAUCACCCAAAGUCUAUAAAGGAGAACUGACAUCGCGUGAUAGGUUGGCAGGAUGCUAGUGUGAAGAAACACUGCAUCUGCUGGAACGGUCCCCCAAAGCCAGUCUCUCUCUCUCUGACCGGCACAAAACUUGUACUGCAGACUUGACUUGGUUACAGAAUUAACCCAUUUCCCACAUUUGGAAAUUCAAUGAAGCCCAAAAUAAUCAGCCAGCCUGGAAUGGAGUGGAGUGGAAUGGAAUGGCACCUGGAAAAGGCAAGCCUUUUAACAGACCUGGUCCCAGGUGUUGUGUGAAUUCAAUCACAGAUAACUCAGGGAGAUUUACUGGGAGAUGUGGCGCUCUCUGAGCUCGGUUGUUUUCUUGUGGACACUUCUUGACCCAAUGAGAUAAAAUGAUCAGUGCUGGGAAGGGAGGGGGGGCUUGC